GAUUGUAAAACUGAUAUGCGGAACCUUAAUAGAAAACCGGAUCAGUCGAAGAUGGGCGUUGUUUUAAUAGUCGUGUUAACAAUCCUAAUGACAGUCCAUGCGAAGGUCUUCGAAUAUGAGAUGAAACCAAACGUUAGAGUUGAUUUCAAUGGAAAACCAGCAUGUCUGGACCCUAAAUUCAGAGAAGGGAUUAUGCCAGUAAGGACAUAUUUCAGACGCUAUGAGUACACUGACAUUGGCCCCCUGCCAAAGGCGUUGGACUGGCGUAAUGUAAACGGGACCAACUUCUGUAGUACAACUCGGAAUCAACACAUCCCUCAAUAUUGUGGUUCCUGUUGGGCCAUGGGGUCUACAAGUGCCCUUGCAGAUCGUAUCAACAUAAAGCGAAAGGGAGCCUGGCCAUCAGCUUACCUCUCUGUACAGCAAGUUAUUGACUGUGCUUCUGCUGGCUCUUGUGAAGGAGGUGAUGACCUGCCUGUGUAUGACUAUGCCAACAAACAUGGCAUCCCAGAUGAAACAUGCAACAACUACCAGGCCAAGAAUCAAGAAUGUAAUGGCUUUAAUUCCUGUGGAACAUGCACAACAUUUGGCAAGUGUAGCCAGCUUACAAAUUACACCUUAUGGAAAGUGGGAGACUUUGGAAAUGUGGCGGGAAGGGAGAAUAUGAUGGCAGAAAUCAAUGAGAAUGGACCUAUAAGUUGUGGCAUAAUGGCCACUGCAGGCUUAGAUGCUUACAGAGGUGGAAUCUACAAGGAGAAGAAUGCAGACCCCAUUGUGAACCACAUCAUAUCUGUAGCAGGAUGGGGAGUAGAUGAGGACACCAACACAGAAUACUGGAUUGUGAGAAACUCCUGGGGUGAACCAUGGGGUGAACAUGGCUGGUUUCGUAUUGUCACCAGCAAGUACAUGGAUGGAAAGGGUAAUGAAUACAACCUGGCUAUAGAAUCCCGCUGUACUUAUGCUGAUGUCAUUGUUCCAGAAAACUUCUAGUGGGGACCAUGGAAACAAAACAUCAAAAGAGAAACCUAUUAUUUACCAGAAUGCAUAUCCUUAUUCCUUUUUAGAAUGAUGAAAGAAUAAAAAGUCUUCAAUCAUUUUGAAUAUUUUAGAUAUAAUCUGUAUAAAUGAAAUCAUCUUUGGUUUCAGUGUUCAUUCUCAUAUCUUAGCAUAAUUGAUUUAACAUAAUUCAGAUUAGACAAUUUCAUUUACAAAGUCAAUGAGAUAUUCUGUGUACGUUUUUACUUAUUUUAAUCAAUUAUUUCUGAUUUACUGCUAUAAUAAAUUAUGAUCCCUGUGAAAUCCUUUUAUGGGGAUAUUAAUUUGGGCUCCGUCUGUCUGUACAUCUGUGCAUGCAUCCGUCUGUUUGAAGGCUUUUCAAGGCAAUAAUUUGAAAUAGAUAUUUUUUUCUGUUACCACUGAAACAGUCAAAAACACAAAAUUAGUGUUAACUUUCCUUUCAGGCCUACAACUUUGAAACUAAUCCACUCAACUCCACAAAACUUUCUGUAUAUACAAGGUUAGUGCCCUAGUUGUGUUUUUUGCUUCCGACGACAUUUAGUAUUUUAAAUAUUUUUUCUGUUACCGUGGAAAUACAGCCAAAAAACACAAAAUCAGUGUUUACUUGCCUUUCCAGGCUACAAUGUAAAAACCAUUCCACUCAGGUCAACAAAACUUUCUCUAUAAACUUUUUUAUAUAUUUUUCCUGUUACCAUCAAAAUUUUCGAUUUCUUGUGACUUUUUAUAUUACUUAAAGAGCUUAUAGAGUGUUGCAUAAAUUUGUUCAUGGACAACGCUAAGCUGUAUUCAAAUAUCAACAGUCAAACAUACAGGAUCUACAUCAAGAUAUAAACUCUUCCUAUAAGGUUGAUAUAUAAGAUAUAUGUAUAUAUAUAUAUAAUGUUGAAGUUGAGGAGAUGCAAGAAAAUUUAUUUGAUAGUUGACAAAAGAAGAUGUUACAUUUUGCUUAAGUGCUUUUACUGUAUUAGAUCUUCAGGUGAUAGCAGCAGUACAUAAUGGAGUGACAUCAUAAAUUUUUAUAUCAAUAUAUUUACAUCAUAUUUGGGUUUUACACCAACAGCUGGGUACAUGGGAUUAUGCCACCCUUUGCGAUUCUUUGAUGUUUUUAUAUACAAAUUUAUUUUUAGGUCUGAGGUAAUGAAGAGAUCUGUGAUAAAAUUAUGUUUCAAUAGUCAUUCCAUUGCAUUUUCUAAGAUUCACAAAUAUUUUUUGUUGUUCAUUUGUGAUAUUGUCAUUGGUUAGCAUGAAUGCUGUCAUUAGUAAUUGUUCGUCUGAAGUGAUAUCCUUUACAAAUAUCAAUUUGAAGGAUACUGAUUGUACAAUGACUUAUGAAUUUAACAAGUUAACGUUGUGAGAUGAGUUUUCUCCCUUUGUUAGUCGAAAUCUGGUCUUUGAUAGGGGAAAGGUAUUAUAUAAGGGUAAUGCAGAUAAAACAGACCCAAGUUUUAGAUUUGAAAAGUUAGAGAUAACUAUGAGAACAGUUGAAGGAAGAUAUAUGAAGCAAGGACAAAAAUAUUGUAUGAAUUUCAACAGUAAUUACUACAUUGUGUUUUAAUCAAUUCAUGAAUGUGUGUAAGAUAAUUGAAUUUAUGACAUAUACAUGUAGUAUUGCAAAGUGACCCUAUAUGCAUCAAUCAGUAUGAUAUAUUGAUGAUUUUUGAUAAGUUGCAAAUGAGCUAAGAUGUCAUUAAAGGUGUGGUUUGUAAUUGUGCAAUCUUCAUUUGACUGACUAUAAUGCUGUAUGAACAUGAUGUAAAAUUAUCUAUAUUUGGUAUUUGAUUUUUCUAAUAGUGUGAGAAUGCUUCUAUUGGAAUAAUUGUCAUAUUUUUAUCAGUGAUUUUGAUAUCAAGAUAUUUAGAUCUGUAACAAUUUUGGUGCAAUACUUAAGGAUCUGUUUUAGAUUCAAACACUCCAGAUAAUACAAUGUUCUAUAGUUACUGCCUAGUAUGUCUACAAAUCUCAGCAGGAUUCCUUUUAAAAGUUUCAUUUAAUUUCUUCCAGUCAAUGCUUAUUUCAGAUAUAUAUACAUAUAUUAUAAAAAAAAUGCCGUGUCUAGAGAUUUCCAGGCAGACCAUUGGCCUUUCUCAUUGGUACAAUGAACAGCAUGGUUGAUGUUAGAUAGUAUACAACAUUUACACUCCGACAUAGCAAGGCCCUUAAUCUAUCGUUGUUCCAGUAGAUUUAAUUUGUAUGUGACAGCUAACUCAAACUCUUAUUAUGUCUGUUAUUCUCGGCCCCCUAUUUGUUGUCUGGCUGAUGACUUAUACAGAUAGAAUGAAACAAAGGGAAGUAACCCUGGAAGACCAGGAUGGCUGUAUGCAUCAUACUUUCAUUCCAAAAUAAAUACUCUGUUGAAAAACUUUACAAUGACUGUCUCUACUUAAAACUCAACAUGUCUUGUUUGAUGUUUACUAUUUAUGCUCUAAUCUUUUUGCUUACUUGUCCUCAGUUUAAACAUAACGUAUUUUAUUAACAUGCAUCGAAACAUUGAAUUGUCAGUUGAUAUAUAUAUAUAUAUAUAUAUAGACCCUAAAAAAUGUCCAGGUAUUAUAAUGAUUAUUAUUAUAAUUAAAUGUUGGUGGCAAUACAAAAUAAACUAAUGCUUUUUUUA